AGUUUUGGGGUUUUUUAUAUUGUAUUUUUUUUUAUCAAGCUUCCUGAAAUUCAUUUCAAUGGGGAAGGUUGGAUUAUUCGAUCUGGAGAAGCAUUUUGCCUUCUAUGGUGCUUAUCAUAGCAACCCCAUUAAUGUGUUUUUACAUAUGUUAUUUGUUUGGCCUAUCGUAUUUUCAACUCUUAUUCUUCUGUACUUCACACCUCCCCUCUUCAAUCUCCCUAAUCUAGGCUUCUCUCCAUUUGGGUACAACGUUGACUUGGUUCUAAAUAUUGGCUUCUUUCUUGGUUUGGUCUCUGCCUCGUUCUAUAUCGCUUUCGAUAAGAAAGCUGGUUUUCUGGCUGCCCUUCUCAACUUCUGCUGUUGGGUCUCUAGCAGUUAUGUUGCAGGUCGGCUUGGCUUUUCUCUGGCGUGGAAGGUAGCUGUUGCAGCACAAUUGAUUUGUUGGACUGGACAGUUUAUAGGCCAUGGAGUCUUUGAGAAACGAGCACCAGCUCUUUUGGACAACCUCUUUCAAGCCUUUCUAAUGGCCCCUUUUUUUGUUCUACUGGAGGCUCUUCAGAUGUUCUGUGGUUAUGAACCAUAUCCUGGUUUUCAUGAAAAAGUGCAAGCAAAGGUAGAUUCUGAAAUCAAAGAAUGGAAAGCAAAGAAUCAGAAGAAAAGUUCUUAGUUUGUAAAUGGAAUAAUGUUCAGUUAAUACAAGUCAUACCAGUUGUUGGAGGACCUUCGGGGAGGCCCAUUCCAUGAUAAAAUGUAGUUUCUGUAUGUAAACGUACCUUAUGAAAGCAAGAUACAGAUGUAAAAUUUGAUAAGAAAUAAAACGCUUGCAACUA